CCGACUCGCCGAGCGCCUCAGCCUACCCACAAGGGAUUCCCCCUCCAGCCAAUCGCGUCUGAGCUACGGGACGGCCCCUAACAAAGAUGGCGCGGGAGGCCUCAGUGAGGGCAGACUGAUUUAACACCCGAACCCGCGGCGGACAGCGAAGACAGAGGGAGCGGCGCGGCCCCGACCAUGGAAGAGGGCAGCAGCGCCGGCAGCGGUGGCAGCGACGGCAGCACCAGCGGCAGUGGCGGGGCGCAGCAGAGGGAGCUGGAGCGCAUGGCUGAGGUCCUGGUCACCGGCGAGCAGCUACGGCUCAGGCUGCAUGAGGAAAAGGUUAUUAAAGAUAGGCGACAUCAUCUCAAAACCUACCCAAACUGUUUUGUCGCAAAAGAACUGAUUGACUGGCUGAUCGAACACAAAGAGGCUUCUGACAGAGAGACAGCAAUUAAACUCAUGCAGAAAUUAGCAGACCGGGGCAUUAUUCAUCACGUGUGUGAUGAGCAUAAGGAGUUCAAGGAUGUCAAACUCUUCUAUCGCUUUAGGAAGGAUGACGGCACCUUCCCAUUGGACAACGAAGUGAAGGCCUUCAUGAGAGGACAGAGGCUGUAUGAGAAGUUGAUGAGCCCUGAAAACACACUCCUGCAGCCAAGGGAAGAGGAAGGGGUCAAGUAUGAGCGCACCUUCAUGGCGUCUGAAUUCCUGGAUUGGCUGGUUCAGGAGGGUGAGGCCACCACAAGGAAAGAGGCGGAACAGCUUUGCCACCGGCUGAUGGAGCACGGCAUCAUACAGCACGUGUCCAACAAGCACCCAUUUGUGGACAGCAAUCUUCUCUACCAGUUCAGAAUGAACUUCCGGCGGAGGCGAAGACUGAUGGAGCUGCUCAAUGAAAAAUCCCCCUCCUCCCAGGAAACGCAUGACAGUCCCUUCUGCCUGAGGAAGCAGAGCCACGACAAUCGGAAAUCUACUAGUUUUAUGUCAGUCAGCCCCAGCAAGGAGAUCAAGAUCGUGUCUGCCGUGCGGAGAAGCAGCCUGAGCAGCUGCGGCAGCAGCGGCUACUUCAGCAGCAGCCCCACCCUCAGCAGCAGCCCCCCUGUGCUCUGCAACCCCAAGUCUGUGUUAAAAAGACCAGUCACUUCUGAGGAACUCCUGACCCCCGGGGCUCCGUAUGCGAGGAAGACAUUCACGAUUGUUGGUGACGCAGUAGGCUGGGGCUUUGUGGUGCGAGGAAGUAAGCCAUGCCACAUCCAGGCCGUGGAUCCCAGUGGCCCAGCAGCCGCUGCAGGAAUGAAGGUCUGUCAGUUCGUGGUCUCUGUAAAUGGGCUUAACGUGCUGCAUGUCGACUACCGGACCGUGAGCAACCUGAUUCUGACAGGCCCACGGACGAUUGUGAUGGAGGUCAUGGAGGAGUUAGAGUGCUGAGCAGGCAGCGCUCCCAGCCCUUCCCGUGGUCUGUGGAGGAUCAAAGGCAGAACAACACAAAGCUGUGCAAUGACAAGACGUCCGCACACAUGGAUGGCUUGGGACAUAACAAAUCUUCUCUUCGUACAUACACAUCUUAAUUCAAGUUUCAUACACUGUUUCCCUGUUGAAUGUG